GCGGAGUCUCGGGAGUCCUGGCAGGGCCGCCAUUUUUUGCACAGGGAAAAGAGACUGGUUUUGAAGGGAUCUAAUUUCUAAAAGUCGCCGUUGACUGGGGCUCUAAGGCUUUUCCUAACGGUUUCGAAUCUAUUUCUCGCUACAUUUUGGAGCCCCAACGGAAAACAACGGGCGCGUGUUUUCUUCAGAAACGGGAAAAGGAACCAUCAGAGAACACGUCUGAAUACAAACAUUUUAAACCUAGGCUAGGAAUCCGCAGUGUGUGUACUGAAGUAUUGUUUUGAUUGUGGAAGCUGCGACUGGGGUCUUACCCAGGUCCCCAUAUUCGCUAUCCAAAGCCUCCAGAGUGGACUUGAAAAGGCCUUGUGGAUGCACUUAGAUGUCUGCAAUGACUGCUGUGGCUGGCAUGCCUCAGUGUUUCGGACUCCCUUUCUCUGGACUCAGUAGGACAAGAACUGAUCAGCAGAGAACGUCAUGAGCAUAGUCAUCCCAGUAGGGGUGGACACAGCAGACGCCUCAUACCUGGACAUGGCUGCAGGCUCAGACAGACCAGAAUCGGUGGAGGCCAGCCCUGUGGUGGUGGAGAAGUCCAGCUACCCACACCAGAUUUACAGCAGCACUUCUCACCAUUCCCACAGUUACAUCGGCCUGCCGUACGCUGACCAUAAUUAUGGGGCGCGGCCCCCACCUACGCCGCCAGCCUCCCCCCCACCCUCCAUGUUGAUCCGACAGGGAGAGGUGGUACCCUUUGGUUCCGGGCCCCAGGAUGAAGCGUCCCGGGGCACCACGCUCAGCACAUCUGAGGACAGCAGCUAUGGGACCGACAUCACCCGUUGCAUCUGUGGCUUCACCCACGAUGACGGCUACAUGAUCUGCUGUGACAAGUGCAGCGCCUGGCAGCACAUCGACUGCAUGGGCAUCGACAGGCAGAACAUUCCUGAGACCUACUUGUGCGAACGGUGCCAACCGAGACAUCUGGACAGGGAGAGGGCCAUCCUGCUUCAGACCAGGAAGAGAGAGUGUUUGUCCGACGGGGACACCAGCGCCACGGAGAGCGGAGAUGAGGUCCCGCUAGAGCUCUACUCCACCUUCCAGCACACGCCCACCACCAUCACGCUGACGACCGGGCGGCUCGGCAACAAACAGGCCGAGAAGAAGCGUAAAAAGAGCGGCGAUAAAGACCCGCCGGCAUCCUCUGCCCGCGCCAAGAAGGCCUUCAGAGAGGGUUCCAGGAAGUCCUCCAGAGUGAAGGGUGCCGCUCCAGACACGGAGCCCGCAGAGCCCCCUUCUAUGUGGGAGACUAAGAUCAAGACGUGGAUGGAGCGUUAUGAGGAGGCCAGCAGCAACCAGUACAGCGAGGACGUCCAGGUCCUGCUGCGUGUCAAAGAGCAAGGCGACGGCAAGAACCUGGCGUACAACACGCACCCCGCCUCCUUCAAACCCCCUGUGGAGAGUCAAGUUCAGAAGAACAAGAAAAUCCUGAAGGCGGUGCGGGACCUGCCCCCGGACUCCCUCAUCAUCGAGUACAGGGGGAAGUUCAUGCUGCGUCAGCAGUUUGAGGCCAACGGAUACUUCUUCAAGAGGCCUUACCCGUUUGUGUUGUUUUAUUCCAAAUUCGACGGCGUGGAGAUGUGCGUGGACGCCCGCAGCUUCGGCAACGAGGCGCGCUUCAUCCGUCGCUCCUGCACCCCCAACUCUGAGGUACGGCACGUCAUCGAGGACGGCAUGCUGCAUCUCUACAUCUACUCGCUGAGGCCGAUCUCCAAAGGCACGGAGAUCACCAUCGGCUUCGACUUCGAUUACGGCUGCUGUAAAUACAAGGUAGACUGUGCCUGUGUGAAGGGGAACCAGGAGUGCCCGGUGCUGAAGCACAACCUGGAGCCCACUGAGAACUUAAGCUCUGGAGGCAGACGCAGGGGCAGCCGUAAAGACAAGGAGCUGGUGCGAGACGACCAGGGGCAGAACCAGAACAUGGCUCUGGACGGCGAGGGGAAGGGGAAGAGCCUAGGCGACGGCAAGCAGAGGAAACUCUCCCCGCUGCGACUCUCCAUCUCAAACAAUCAGGAUCCCGAAUUAUUUGAGGAUUUAGACGACAAAACCUCCGUUAGCAAUGAAGUAGAGAUGGAGUCAGAGGAGCAGAUUGCAGAGAGGAGGAGGAAGAUGGCCAACCCAGCCGAGCAGUCCCAUCUACCAGUCGGGGCGGCUUCAAGCUGGAAGGGGCCAAAACUCAAAGAGACACGAGAGGAGAGGAAGAUGGAGGCCAUUCUGCAAGCCUUCGCCAGGAUGGAGAAGCGGGAGAAGCGGCGGGAGCAGGCCUUGGAGCGGAUCGGCAGCGGCAAAACUGAAGUGGGCGGCCGCGGCGACAUCAAGGAGGAGCCGCCGGCCACGCCAGAGACGGUCGACUCUCCGGCCGUCAUGCAGGUGCCUGUGGAGAUAAAGGAGGAGCCCGGACUGAAGCCGGCCAAGGUGAAACCCUCCCGCAACAGGAAGAGCUUCUCCAGGAGCCGGACUCACAUCGGCCAGCAGCGGCGGCGCGCUCGCACCAUCAGCACCUGCUCCGACCUGACGCCCAGCUCUCCGGCCGAGCCCGUGGAGCCUCCGGCCAGCGAGACGCCCGAAGGAGAGACGCCGUCCGCGCCGGAGCCGGAAGCAAUCCCCCCACACGUCCCAGAAAGCAGCCCCCCACACAGCAGCUCGCCGGCGCCCGACAGAACCCGCACAGGGAGCAAGAGCUACAAAACGAAAAAGCACUUUGUGAGCGAGUGGGUGGGAGAGAAGCAGCAGGACCGCGGCGCAGCGCGAACGCCAGAGCCGGUGCCGGACCGGCCGCUGAGAAUAAGCAGCGACCCGGAAGUGCUCGCCACGCAGCUCAACGCGCUGCCGGGCAUGAGCUGCUCGCCGCAGGUGUACAGCACGCCCAAACACUACGUCCGCUUCUCCUCGCCGUUCCUGGCCAACCGCAGCCCCACGGCGCCCGGCGUGCCCACCGGGAGACGGCGCUCCAGAGAGCUGCCGGAAACGCCGCCCACCACCGGCUCCUGUAAAAAGCGAUGGUUGAAGCAGGCUCUGGAGGAGGAGGGCUCCACCAGCCCCGCCAGACGGCCGAGCCUUUUCAUGCCCGGCGACGGCCCUCUCAGCCCGUCCGUUAACGGAGACUCGGACAGCCCGCUGCUCUACAACGGCACCUGCUCGCUACCAGAGCUGCCCACUCCUUUGAAAAAGCGGCGGCUGACCCCGUUAGACGCCUGCAUAUCGGAGAGCUCCACGCCCUACGGUUCCCCUUGUGCCACGCCCACCCGAGCGGACCACUCCGACACGUCGGCAGCGUCCAGCUUACUGACCACCCCGCCUCGUCCCCGAACAGAAGAGCCGGGCGCCGAGCCCGCGUCCAACAAUACCCCGACACACGCACUUAACACCCCCCAGGAGACUGAGUCUUCAGAGGAGAACUCACCAGAGGUCAGUCGGAAACCCUCCGUGCAAGAGGCGGAUCGUCCUCCUUCGUUAAGCUCCUCGCCGAGCGUCCGGCCCGCCGCCUCAGACGGCGCCGCGUCAGAAGUCAAGCUUUCUGUCCCAGAGAGCCCACAGCUGCCGGCCGCUGAGCCGCUGGACUGUGGCGAGGAGAGGACAGAGGGGGGGCCGGCGGACGGCUCGGGCGAGCCUCCUUCGUCAGGAGAAACCUGCACUUCCUCGUUUCCGGGCUGGAUCAAAAGCCCGGACCGAGGCUUGACUGGACCAGCUGGUCUGAACUUCUCCCCAGUCAACUCAAACCUACGGGACCUCACCCCGUCCCACACCCUGGAGCCUCUGGCGGCUCCUUUCAGGCCGGAGGCCGCGGCUGGGACCGCGGCGGCGGCGGGGCCGGCGGCGGCUGGGGCCGCGGCGGCGGGAGCGGCGUCCCUGUCCGGCUCCCAGCCUCCGUUCAGCGAGGCGCAGGGACAGCUGUUCUACUCCUGCCCCGAGGAGGCCGGCUCCCUCGGCCUCUGCCGCUCGCUGAACGGGGACGGCCUAGGCGAGGGAGGCGCGUCGGCACAGAACCCACCGCAGAGGAAGAAGGUCUCGCUGCUGGAGUACCGCAAACGUCAGCGAGAAGCUCGUCGCAGCGGCUCCAAGACCGAGUGCAGCUCCCCGGUCUCCACCGUGCCUCCUCUGGCUGUGGAGGCGUUCCCCGUGGCUCUGGAGCCCAGCGGUGAGCCUCCUCCACCCCCCGCUCCGUGCAACUCCACCCAGAGCGUGAAGGAGCCGCAGAGCGGCGAGGAGAGCGAGGCGUCUGGAGAGAAGGAGGGAGGAGAAGGCCAGUGGACGUCGUCGACCUCGGUGGAGCAGGCCAGAGAGCGCGGCUAUCACAGGGCGUUGCUGCUCAGCAAAGAUAAAGAUGCAGACGGUGAGACAGAAGGAGGCGACACGCCUGCUCUGAGGGAAUGUGCGUCUCCAGGCCUCCAAAAAACCCCGACCCACACACCCUGCUCGCCCGGCCCGCACGCCCAGCCCUGCACUCGCCCGGCCAAAGACGACGACGCCGACGCUCAGCCCUGGACGGCGAAUCCAAGCAGCAAGCCGGCCGGAUCCAAGCCGGCGCCUCUGACCCCGACGAAGCUGCACCCCGCCGCCGCCGCCGCCCCGCUGCCCUCCUCUCCGGUCCACUACCCGGGCUCCUCCCUCCUCCACUCCCCCAAGCCGCAGCCUCAGGGCUCGCCCUACCGCAGCCAGAGGGCGCUGUUUUCCAGCCAGCCUCAGAGCCAGCAGCAGCCCCCGCCUCAGGCCGCCCCCGCUCCUUUCCCCCAGUACAACACGCAAGGUGCUCCGCCUCCUCCUCCCCCUCCGCCCCUGGCUCCGCCCGCCUCCACCGCCUACUUCCCCAACCAGAGCCCCUCGCCCGCCGGACCCUUCCCCGGGUUUAAACCCGCCGUCACCGCGUCCUACCCCCCCGGCUCUCAGCCCCUGAUACAGGCUCUCCCCCACAGCGUUCACUACCAGACCUCCGCCGCUCCUCCGCCUCCUCCCCCACCUCCCCCGCACCCGAUAGGGGGCCCGACGCUGCUCCACGUCAACCUGCAGCCCCCUCCCAUCCAGCAGCAUCAGCUCAUGAUGACCUCCGCCCCUCCUCCGCCUCCCCCGCUGCAAGCUCAGACCCCCCAGCAGCAGCAGCAGCAGCCUCCCUCCAGCGGCGCCCUCAUGUCUCUGACGCCUCCGCCGCCUCCUCCUCCGCCUCCCCCGGCCCCCUCCUCCAGCGCCCCGCUGCAGCCCCACCACUACCAGAGCCUGGGGGGGUUCCAGACGGCCAUGAUGCACCCCGGUCCUGCCACGAACACUUCCGUGCCCCCGUCCUCGUACCCCUCGCCCCUGCAGCAGACCGGACUGCCGCCUCCCCCCCCGCCUCCCCCGCAGCAGCCUCAACCCGGCCCGGCUCAGGCCGCUGCUCCCCAGAUGCCCCCCGGGACUCGCGGCGCUCCUUCGUCCUCGAACUCGUUCCACAGCUCGGGGUACCUGAGCACCGGGUGGCACUGACCCCCCCCCACACCUCCUCCCACCUCCUCCUCCUCCUCCCCCCGUUGGCCCCUGAGAACUCUGCCAGAGAGGGGCGUGUACCAUAAGCUGUAUAAAUGUUUUCUAUGUACCUAAACACACGGCCAGUGGAAAAAAACAAAACAACAA